AUGACUGUUGAUGAUGAUGGUGGUGAAAUGAAAAGUGGGUGUAAGUUUUCAGCAGAGGAAGAAAGAGUGGUGAUAGAGAUGCAGGCAAGGUUUGGGAACAAGUGGGCAGCGAUUGCGUCGCAUUUGCAGGGAAGAACUGACAAUGAUGUCAAGAAUUUUUGGAGUAGUAGGAAGAAGAGGCUGGCUAGAAUUCUUCAGUCAACUUCGCCGCCGCGACAGACCAAGUCACACAAAAGCAAAGAUAAUGCUCUGGCUGUUCAUGAAAUGCCCACUUUGCAGGCACCCGAGUUCACUUCCCCACAAAUGAAAGAAGAAUCCUAUUCAAAGUUUCAACCUUGCUCUUCUUCUUCCAUGGAGGACCCUAAAAUGAUCCACAAAAUGCCACAACCUAAUUUUAUGAACCCAAACAUGGCCAACAUAGAUUCAAGCCAACCCUCACUUAACACCACAGAAACAGAUACAAAGCCUUCAAAUGAAAUCCUACUCCAACUCUCCUUCACCCACCUACCAAACUCAAAACUAGACCUCCCAAUCUUGGCAGAAAGCCAUGCUGAACCCAACUUUCUUGAUGUGUUCACUAGUCAUCAACAACAGGCCUUUGAACUUGGAGAUGUGUCACAACUAAUCAACUUUGGCUCACCAUUUUUUGAAGUGGAGGGCAUUGGGAGGGUUCUCCUAACCAAAGUAACAAUAAGGACAACAUCAUCACCCCAAAUAGAACCAACCUACACAAGCAUUCAGAGGCACAAUGAUAGCUAA